AUGUCGAGCCAUCCAUGGGAUUGCCAGCAGUGGGAGUUAAAUCCCGCGACAGCGCUCCUAGAGCGGGAUUUACAACUGCAACUUGACCACCACGACUCCUCAAUCGCAUUGGAGACCUCAGCUGCUGCCGGAUGUAGUCUCUGUAUCAACCUAAGAGCUCGCGUCCUCCACUGGCUAUCAGAUCGAGAUGAACUACCAAGUGGCCAGUGCAAGCUCUGGUUCCAUCGGGGUGUCGACAUUCACUUCCAGAUCGGCGACAACUAUCGUCAUGAUGUUUUUGAAGCCUUGGGGAGGUCCAAAUCAGCUACAUGGCUUCCUGAGUGGGACGAUACGCCCGGCCCCGCGCCGUCGCCAAAAUCGUUUUUGCCAGAAACGGCAGGCGAUGACCUAAAAGCCCUCAUGGGAGACUCUAUAAAGCCAUGGUUUAAUGACUGUGUCAAUGGCAAUCGACUUCACCGCAAGUGCAGGUACAAGUUCAAGAUGGACGAAAUAGGCGCCAUGCCGAAACGCCUAAUCGACGUCGGGGACGGCCAAGACCCCAAGGCGAAGCUCAUCAUAUCGGAAGAUGAAUUUGGUCAAGCUCUUCCCGAAAAUGAGCAGGUCAGAUAUCUGAUUCUUAGCUAUUGCUGGGGCAGUGGCAACGACCCGGCAAAGACAACCCGGGCCAAUCUAGCCAGUCGUCUGAAGCGCAUUGACGAGUCAGUGUUGCCAAAGACUAUCCAAGACACUAUCAAGAUCACCCGACUUCUUGGAUUUCGAUAUCUUUGGGUUGAUGCACUUUGUAUCAUUCAGUGUCAUCACGGUGACAACUACCAAGACGACUUCAAAGCCGAAGCACCCAAGAUGGGAGCCUACUACACCAACGCCGUAUGCCUCAUCUCAGCACUCGGUGCCCCGGAUAGCAGCACGGGACUGUUUGUUCCACGGCCAGCACAUCGGUACCCAACCUCCAGCUGCGUCAUCGGCUAUGACACACGUACCAACGAGUACAUCCACCUCCCACCAUCAAAGCGAACUCUCGCAGACGAAUUCGAUGCGUCGCCACUUCUCAAGAGAGGAUGGUGUUUCCAGGAGCGUCUUUUAGCCCGCCGAAUCAUCUACUGGUCUAGAAACGGCGUGUUCUGGAAGUGCAUCGGCGACAACGCAACCAGAUCAGAAUUUUCCACUCGUUGUGACGAAUUCGCAGCUGAUCCCAGAAUCUCCAACUCGUGCGUAUUCCAUGGCGUCCAAGGCCCUGGAGUGGGUUGGGGACUACCGUGGGAGCCGUGGAUGGAUUACAUCCAUGAGUACAGCGCCAAAGCCUUUUCAUUCGCCAAAGAUCGGCUCGUCGCGGUCCAUGGUCUUGGAAGUCGACUUGCGGCCAUACAUGGGGUCGAGUACUUUGCUGGCGUGUUCAGUAGCCACAUCUCGUGGGGAAUCAUGUGGGAAGCUGAUCCCGAGAACGACGCCCGGGAGAAGUUGGAUUACUUCCCUAGUUGGUCUUGGGCAUCCUGCCAAUCUGAUCUGGGCGUCAUCAUCACUGAUACCACCAAGCCAUGA